AGAAGAGUUUGAAGCAGCUCCAGAACAAGAAGAAGGCCGUGAGGACCCUCAGGUAAUAAUAGCUUUUCUGCAAUUAUAAGACAACCAAGAAGCAAAGCCAACUGACAGAGAGUUGCUUUUGUAGUAUAAUAUCUCAAGAAAGAGAAACAAUUGAGAGGAAAUGUAUCAUCUCAACCAUAGUAGUAACAACCUCAUUUCUUCUAGGGAAUCCUUUUCUCCAGAAAGAAAUUUGUAUCUGCAAGCAGGAAAUGGUCCAGGAGAUUCACGACUAUUUCUUUCAACUGAUGCCAAGCCCAGACUAAAAUGGACUCCUGAGCUCCACGAGCGAUUUGUAGAGACUGUGAAUCAACUUGGUGGGGCUGACAAGGCGACCCCUAAAACAGUCAUGAGGCUUAUGGGUAUCCCAGGACUAACUUUAUACCACCUUAAAAGCCAUCUUCAGAAGUAUAGGCUCUGCAAAAAUCUUCAAGCUCAAACUUCUAGCCGGACAGCAAAGAAUGGUUCUGCAGCAGCACCAGACAGAACAUCAGAAGGGAGCGGGUCCUUAGUCAACAACAUCAAUGUUGGCCAUCAUAACAACAACAUGUUUUUGACUCACAGAACACUGCAGAUAAACGAAGCACUGCAGAUGCAGAUGGAGGUGCAUAAGAGGCUAAAUGAACAAAUGGAGGUGCAAAGGCACUUACAAAUGCGGAUAGAGGCUCAGGGAAAGUACUUACAGUCAGUGCUGGAAAAGGCUCAUACGACUCUUGAGAUACAGAACUUGGUUUCUGCAGGCCAUGAAGUUGCUAAAGUGCACCCGGAUGAACUAGUGUCAAAGGUUUCAAAUGAAUGUUUCACCAGUGGAUUUCUAGGCUUGGGUGAGACGAAUGGUAUGGAAAUCUUGCAAGGACACUCAGCCCAACUUGUUGACUGCUCAAUGGAUAGUUGUUUGACCUCAUGUGAAGGAUCACAAAAGGAUGAAGACAUGUAUAAUAAAAAUAUAAAACUGCAAUGCUAUCAUAGCAAUUUAUCAUCAAGAACGAAAGAAAAGCAAGAGGAUGUCAGGUUUGAACAGAUUAAUUCAGGGUGGUGGCGUGGAGAAUUGAAUGGCCACAAAACGUUCUCUCAAUCAAAUGCUUCAGGAAAUUGCACUUUACCGGUCUCUAAAGGCUCCAGUAUCUUAUCAAUGAGCAUUGCAAAUCAAAGAGAGACAACAGAACGAAGCAAAACCUCCGAAACAAAGUGCAGGCAAAUAGACAAAUAUAAAUCUGAUCUUGAAGGACCAAGUUAUAAAAGAGCAGCAGUUCAACAAGAAAAAUCAAAGAACUUUAAUGACUUAGGAAUGCCAUGUGCAACAGCACAACUGGAUCUAAACGCUCGUGAUGAAAACAACGCUGCUCAAAACUGCAAAGAGUUUGAUCUCAAUGGUUUCAACUGGAGCUAAUUCAGAAAAUGUCAACCAUUUGUAUCGUCCUAUGAUGAAUUAGUUGAUAAGUAUCAAUGAAUAAUCUAAUUAUAGA